AUUGCCCGUAUGUUAUUAUUUCAAUUUCCUGAGUGGUCUGAGGAUUUAACGGAUUGGAAUCGAGAAAUGCAUGUUAAAUGCACUUAUAAUGGUGUUCAAUUAUCCGAAACAGAAUUUCCAAAAAACUGGUUAACAGACGGUAUUCAGAUAAAGAUCCUAUUUCCUUUUUGCCUGAAACCUUGGCACAGAUUUAAACUACAACCCUCUCAUAAAGAUCCAAUGAAAAAAAAGAAAGGUCAAAAGAAUGAUUUUUGCUUUUUAACAGUUUGGGGAAUGGAAACUGAACUCCCUUUCGGCUCUCCUCGAAAACGGCGUUCGUUUUUUGAGCCUAUUUUUAAAGAACUAAAAAAAAAAAGAAAAAAAUGGAAAACGAAAUGUUUUAUAGCUUUAACAAUUUUAAAAGAAAAAACGAAAUUGUUUCGAAAAGCUUCAAAAGAAACAAAAAAAUGGAUCACUCAAAGCAUUCUAUUUCUAAAGGGACUAAUAAAAGAACUUUCAAAAAUAAAUCCAAUUCCAUUUUUUGGGUUGAGAGAACCAUAUGAAUUGGGCGAAACUAAAAAGGAUUCGAUAAUCAGUAAUAAGAUGAUUCACAAAUCAUCCCUUCAAAUUCAAUCUAUGGCGUGGACAAAUUAUUCAUUAACAGAAAAAAAAAUAAAAGAUCUGACUAAGAGAACAAACACAAUCAAAAAUCAAAUACAAAAAAUUCUAAUUAUAAAAGAGAAGAAAAACGAAUUUCUAACUCAAGAAAUAAAUAGUAGUUCUAACAAAAUAAGUUAUCAGGAUAAAAUAGUAGUCAGCAAAAAAUUUUGGCAAAUAGUAAAAAGAAGAAAUAUUCGAUUAAUCCGGAAAUUCUUUUUUAUAAAAUUUUUCAUUGAAAAGAUAUACAUGGAUAUUCUUCUAUAUAUCAUUAAUAUUCCAAGAACCAAUACCCAACUUUUUCUUGAAUCAACAAAAAAAAUCAUUGAGAACUUCAUUCACAAUAAUGAAGCAAAUCAAGAAAGAAUUAAUAAAACAACUAAAAAUACAACUCAUUUUAUUUCAACUAUAAAAACCUCACUUUCUUCACUUUCUAAUAUUAGUAUUAGAAAAAAUGAAAAAGCUUUUUGUGACUUAUCCUCCCUCUCACAAGCAUAUGUAUUUUACAAAUUAUCACAAACCCAAGUUAUUAGUUUUUAUAAAUUCAAACCUAUCCUUCAAUAUCAUGGAACAUCUCUUUUUCUUAAAAAUGAAAUAAAAGAUUAUUUUGAAGAACAGGGAGUAUCUCAUUCCAGAUUAAGACAUCAUUAUGGGUUAAGACAGAAAAUCGUUUGGCAUUCUGGAAUGAAUGAAUGGAAAAACUGGUUAAGGAGUCGUUAUCAAUACGAUUUAGUUCAGAAUAGAUGGCUAAAAUUAGUACCAAGACAAUGGCGAAAUAGAGUCAAUCAACACUAUCUGGCUCAAAAUAAAGAUUUAACAAAAUGGGAUUCAGAUGAAAAAGAAAGAUUAAUUCAUUACGAAAAAAAAAAUGAUUUUCAAGCAAACUCAUUACUGACUCAAGAAUAUAAACUGAAUCAAGAACAAAAAUAUAAAAAAUCUAAUUUAAAAAAAAACUAUGGAUAUGAUUUUUUAUCAUAUAAAUCUAUUAAUUAUCAAGAUAAGAGGGACCCGUAUGCUUAUGGAUCACCAUUCCAAGUAAAUAAGAGGGAAGAGAGUUCUUAUCAUUACAACAUGGAUAAACAAAAUUUUUUUGAUACAUAGGAUAUCCCUAUCCAUAAUUAUCUAGGAGAAGGCGAUAUCCUAGAUGCUAUGGGGAAUUUUCGCACAGAAAGUUUUUAAUUGGAGAAUUCUUCAUUUUGUCUUAGAAAUAAGGUCGAUAUUGAGUCCUGGGUCGAUACCAGUACAAAGAAACAAAAUAUUAAGACUGUGGUUAAGAAUUAUCAACUAAUUGAUAAAAUGGACCUUUUUUAUUUCACAAUUUAUCAAGAUCAAGAAAGCAACCCAUCCAAUAAAAAAGGAAGCCAUUUUGAUUGGAUGGGACUGAAUGAAGAAAUACUAAGUCAUCCUAUACCGAAUCUAGAACUUUGGUUCUUCCCAGAAUUUGUGCUGCUAUAUAAUGCAUAUAAGGUUAAACCAUGGAUCAUACCAAUAAAAUUACUUCUUUUCAAUUUUAAUGGAAAUAGGAACAUUAAUAAAAUAUUAUUGAAAAUAAAAAGGGACUCCCUUAUAGCACCAAACGAAAAACAAAUUAUUGGAUUAGAGAAUCGAAAUCAAGGAAAAGAACCCAUAGGUGAAGGGGAUCUUGUAUCAGAUGCACAAAAACAAGGAAAUUUUAAAUCCGUUCUCUCAAACCAAGAAAAAGAUGUUGAAGAAGAUUAUGAUAAAUCAGACAAAAAAAAACGUAGAAAGAAAAAGCAAUACAAGAGCAACACGGAAGCAGAGCUUGAUUUCUCUAAAAGGUAUUUGCGUUUUCAAUUGAGAUGGGAUGAUUCUUUAAAUCAAAGAAUAAUCAAUAAUAUCAAAGUAUAUUGCCUCCUGCUUAGACUGAUAAAUCCAAACGAAAUUGUUAUAUCCUCUAUUCAACGGGGAGAAAUGAAUCUGGAUAUUUUGAUGAUUCAGAAGGAUUUAACUCUUAGAGAACUAAUGAAAAAAGGAAUAUUGAUUAUCGAUCCAGUUCGUCUGUCGGUAAAAAAUGAUGGACAAUUUAUUCUAUAUCAAACUAUAAGUAUUUUGUUGGUUCAUAAAAAUAAACACCAAAUUAAUCAAAGAUACCAAGAAAAAAACUAUAUUGAUAAAAAUCAUUUUUAUGAAUUUAUUGCAAGACAUCAAAAAAUGACUGAAAAUAAAGACAAAAAUCAUUAUGAUUUGUUUGUUCCUGAAAAUAUUUUAUCCCCUAACCACCGGCGAGAAUUGCGAAUUCGAAUUUCUUUCAAUUCAAGGGAUAAAAAUGGUAUGCAUAGAAAUGCAGUAUUUUUAAAUAAUGUAAAAAACUGUGGUCAAGUUUUGACUAAAAAUAAACAUCUUGGUAGUGAUAAAAAGAAACUAAUUAAAUUAAAGUUCUUUCUUUGGCCCAAUUAUCGAUUAGAAGAUUUAGCUUGUAUGAAUCGAUAUUGGUUUAAUACUAAUAACGGCAGUCGUUUCAGUAUGAUAAGGAUCCGUAUGUAUCCGCGUCUGAAAAUUCGUUAAUGGUCCAUUUUAAUGGUCCAUUUUCCCCUAUAUUAUGUAUGUAUCGUGCCGGGUAUAUGAAAACAAAUAGAUGGUCACAAGGAUUGUCUUACAUUUUAUUCUGAUACACGAUACUAAUUUAAUGACAUACAUAUCAAUUAGAUCGACAAAUGAAUCAACAAAAUCCUCUUAUUUGAACUCUCAAAUUUUCUCUUUUGUAGAAAUCUCUCACUCUUUUGUAUCCCUAUACGAAUCAAAUCGAAACCCGGAUUGAUUAAUUUUAUUUGAAAAAAAAAUGAUAAAGUU